AUGCAGUUACCACUCGUCUUAUCUUGGUUGUUGCUUCUCACCUCUGUCCGAGCCGUAGAUGCAUCACCAACUGGGAAAUCAACAGACAAAUUCCAAUGGUCAUCCAAAAAAGGGCUGAUUGCAUUUGGAGAUUCAUAUACCUACGUCCAAGGAACUCACGGGCACCAAAACUACAGCUUCAUUGGGGAUGCUUUCGAUUUUGCCUUCGACGAGCAUACUCUAUUCUCCAAUAAGAUAACAGCAACAGCCGAAGGAGGCCCAAAUUGGGUAGAAUAUCUCACAGACUGCGGCGUCAAACCAGGCCUAACCUCACCACGAACCUGCCAAAAGCAACUCUGGGAUUUUGCAUUCGCAGGCUCUGACAUUUCCACCCAACAUUCCAAAUACACCGUCGACUUUCCCACCUUCUACAAGUCCCUCACAAGCACCCUCUUCACCUCCGUAACCGACCUAUACAAUCUGGGCUACAGAUCAUUCCUCUUCAUGAACCUUCCCCCCCUGGACCGGACACCGGGGAACCAAGUCUCUAGCUCGCCGCACCCGAAUGCAACACAGGUGGGAUGGUAUAAUGCCGCGCUAUCCGAACAAGCACGUCUAUUCGCGCGUGAAAGAACCGACGCUGAGGUGAGGGUCUUUGAUGCUCAUGCUCACCUGAGUGGGAUUUUGGAUCAUCCUGCUCGGUAUGGAAUUGUUAAUACGACGAGCUUUUGCGCUGGUCAUGUGCAUCGUAUUCUGGCAGAGCAGCUACAGGAAUGGUUACGGGUAACGCCGUCCGUACCGAAUUACGCGAGAACCGAAGUGAAGCAAAAAGAAAAGAAAAGGGGGUCUACCGGUAACACAGAGCAGGGCGAGCUUGAGGAAUUGCUCGGAGGAGGGCGCGUUUACCAACGACGGUUACCACCAAGACCGCUGGUAUUGGAGCCGGUCACACCGCCACCACCACCACGGCCCCAGCCACCACGGCCACGGCCACGGCCACCACCCCAGCGGCCACCACCGCCGCCACCACCGCUGUAG